AUGCAAAAAGAGUGCAGCCUUGUUUCUAAGGAUAUGUUGAAUGAUUGCAUACUGGAUCUGCCAAUAGAGCAACAAGAAAUGGUUAAAACAAUUUUUAAUGCAGCAAAAUGUAAAAGCUCUAAAGGAAGAAGAUAUAGUCUAGAAUGGGUAUAUGAAUGCUUGUUAAUGCGUAUCAAGGGACCAAAAUUAUACAGAAAAAUGAGAAAAGAAAAUAAACUUGGAAGGUAUAUCAAAAAAUUGCACACUGCUUAUGGAUUCCAAGAAAACACAUUUCAAGUCAUGAAAGAGAAAGCUCAAGACUUUAGUUUGGCAGAAAGACAUGGUAAUUGA